UAGGUAGUUUGACACGCUCUCUUGUUUGUGCACCUCACGUGUAAUAUUACAAACGAUCGUUUAUUUCCCAGUUGCAGAAAAUAUAAAUUACGAUAUGUGGAAAACCAUUACUCGUUUGGCCCAGAUUCGGAGCCUAUCGACAUUUAGUCAUAAUUUCGCCACUCACAAAGGAUUGCCUUAUUCAGAUGUCGAGUUCGUUCAAAAGAAACAAAGAUACAAACAAACUGAGGAUUUUGGACGUCCAGAAAAGAGAGAUUUUAGAAAUAGAAGAUCCAGCUAUCAAGAUCGCAAUGGAAAUAGUGUGUACUCUGAAAGUAGACACAAUAGUUUUGACAACAUAGAUGAUAACAGCUGGGAAGAAGGUGCUGAGAAUAACAACAGGUAUUCAAACAAACAAGAAUCUCACACAUCUGUAUAUAGAAAUCAAGAAAAAGGACAAUAUGGAGAACCUAGAGAAAAGAGAAAUGCUAACCUAUCCAAAAUUGGUGUUCCAGGAAAAUGGAAAGUUGGUGCUGGUUUUGUCAAAGAAGCUGACAGGCUGCGUGAAAUACAGGAUAGAUGUAACGGAAACUUCAAGAAGAUGGCUAACUUCACAGUCAAGAGAGAUCCCGGCAUUAGAAGACAGGCCAAGAUGCUUGAGGAAUUUUCAGACCCAAACAUAGUUCUAAGGGAGGAAGAGCUUGAUGGUGAAGUAGAUGUUGUAAAGUUUGAUAAAGUGUAUGAUAAGUAUCAGCAAGACAAACAUGACCUAAAAGAACUCAACAAACUAAGGAUUGUCAAGCAAAAGUAUUUUAAAGAUACUCCAGAAGAAAAGACACUUACGUGGUCAGAUAAAGAACACAUUCGAUUCUUACACAACAGCGAUCCACAACAGUGGACCAUUGAGAUGAUUGCGGAACACUUUCGUAUUGAACCACAUGUAGCGAAAGCAGUUGCUAGCGCCAAAUGGAUUCCGAAGAAAUCCAAAUUGCAGGAAGAAAUUUCAUCAAACUCUAAUGAAAUCUACCCUUCAGUUUAUGGGAAAAGGGAGCAGCAAACUACGGAACGUCAAUCGUUCGGGGACAAGGAAACAGUGACGUGGCAGGAAGUGGCAAAAGACAUGGGGGUAAGAGGUGAUGUCGUAAAUAGAAACGAAUCGAAAUCCAAACCAGCCAGUGUUGAAUUAGAAGACGCUGGGGUCGACAAAGAUUUAGUUCUUCAAUAUCUUUCCCAUGGAUCACCUUCUAAAUGGGCUUCUCGAAAGCCUAACCAAAUGAAUGUAAAAUUUGACGACGCCGAAGAAGUUAGACAGGUUACUGGAAAACAAAUUGCUUCUCAGGAACAUCAAGAAACCAAACAAAACAGAGAAGAUGGUGAAAAUAUAGGUGAUGUCUACCAAAAAGGCGAUGGAUUCUAUACGUCUGAAGGAGAACUGCUUUACCGGGUUCCCAAUUUAUCCAAAUAGCACCAAUUUUUGUAAUAAAAUAAAAUAAAUUUUUAUUUGAAAUUCGAAGUAAAUAAAUCGAUUCCUAG